AUGGAUCUUGACUGGUGCCUGAUUUGUGAACAAAAGACCCAGGGUACCCUUUACUGCAGCGAAGAGUGUAGGUUUAAAGACUACCUUUCGGCGUACUCUUCACUUACGCCUCCAGCGUCGCCCACUUCUUCUUCUGGUUCUUCGACGCCAACUGAUAGCAGUAAUGCUUCCAUCGUUACAAAUAAGAGUUUCGUGUAUCCUUUCUACCGAAAGCCAUCUCCAUAUUAUCAACGGCCUCCAAUGAUCAUUAACAUAGAUAAUCUUAGAGAUAAUACAGCUAUAUGUGUUUUACCUCCUCCUCCUGCAAUAAAAAAGUCACAUUCUGCAUUAAAUUCCACGAUUGACAUGGCUUCUAAUACUCACAUUCCAAUUGUAUCAUAUAUCCCAUUAUGUCAAUCCCCAAUACCGGAUUUCUCAAGAUUGGUUAAUAGACAAGUAGAAACCUAUGAACAAAUCAUGGAUCAACAAUUAUCAUAUAAUGGUCCAUCAUCAUCUUUAGCAUUGGAUAUUAAAAAGGCCGAAUUGGCCACGGCGGAUUUGAGAACCUUGAUAAAAUAUUCCUCUUUAACCACAUCAAAUGAAUUAGUUGACAGGUUAACAGAGUUUGUAGAUAAGGCAAGGAUCGUUGGUAGAAGUUUACAAUUGCUUCAAGCUAGAACGAGAAGUUCUUUAGACAAUUUGAUUACUUAUAAUUUAUUUGCUUUAAAAGCGUUAGAAAAUGUUAGGGAUAAUAAAGCUAGUUCGAAAGAAUUGGCAGUAGCUUAUAAUCAAAUGAUGUCCCUCAUCGAGAGUGAUUUAAAACGAAUGAUCUUGGUCGGUCAAGAUGCGCUUGGAAGUUUGACAGAUCUAGAUGAAAUGUUAAUGUCAAUACAUGAUUUGGCAACGCAAGAAUCAACGUAUCAAAAAACCGAACAUAAUAAAUUGUUGGCGGAUUUAUGGUCUAGAUUAGGUUUUAAUGUAGUGAAAAAACAAAUAUUUCAAGACAACCUUGAAUUAUUAAUCGAUUUAGAUAGGCAGCGUCGUUUGGCUGUUUCACAAGUGCAAACUACUUUGUACAGUUUAACCUCUUAUCAAUUAGAUAUGGAAGAAUUGCGUGAACAUGUUUCUAGACCGAGUAUCAUCGAGAUGCCGGUUGAAUUACAUAUCGAAAAUGUUGGUAAAGGUAUUGAAAGAUUAAGACAUAGUAAAGUUGCAUUAAAAAGCGAUGAUGAUACCAGGCACUUUAAAUUAAUCAGUCAAUCUAAAAACGAAGACAACACCAUUAAACAAUAG